AUGCGGCCGUACCGAGAAGUGCUGGACGCGAUCAAGGGCCGCUGCGCCGUGGCCUCCACGAGCCUACGGGCGGGCGACCGCGUGCUCAUUACGUCUGCCGUAUGCGCCGCGUCCUCCCCGUCCUCCUGCGGCUGGUGCUUCGCGCCCGGCGACGUCUUCUCGCGGUGUUCCGCCUGUCGUAAAGCUCGCUACUGCUCCCGCGCGUGUCAGCAGCGCGACUGGCCGCAGCAUCGCCACGAGUGCGCGGCCUGGCGCUCCAUUCCAGAGAGAAACCCUUCGCCCACAGUGCUGCUGGUCGCUCGCCUUGCCGCCAAGCUUUUUCUGGGCUCCCAGGUCGACCAGGAAGAGAAGAACGGCGUGCUGAAGCUUCGGGACCAUUUGGCCGAUCACACGGAGCUUAAGCGCCACCAGUUCGAUGAAAUGACGCAGUUGGUGCUGCUCCUUUUGUCACGAUAUAAAGCAGAGAAGAGGGAGAAGAAUGCGACUCUCGACGAGCUCCACAGAGACCUGGAGCUCGAGAUACUCAAGCUUUUCGGUCGCGUCAAUUGCAACGCCUUCUCGGUGGCGAAUGAGUUCACGAAUGAGGCUGUGGGCAUCGGGCUGUACCCUGAAGGGGCUCUGUUCAAUCACGACUGCGACCCCAAUUGUGUCGUGAGUUUUAAAGGACGAGAGAUGCAGGUUCGUGUGGUGAGAGACAUCGAGGUGGACGAAGAACUCACGGUCUCGUACGUGGAGCUGUUGCAGUCGACGAAGGCGAGGAGGAGAGAGCUGAAGGAGUCCUACUUCUUUGACUGCGAGUGCAAGCGCUGCAAAGCUGCGACGAAUGGGCAGAGUAAUGAGGACUGGUACCUGGAUGGAUUGAGAUGCAGCAACAAGAAGUGUGCGUCUUCGGGUGGAGUCGAGAUCACUGCCUUUGAGAGAGAACUGGAGUCACUGGCAACGCUAAAGGCAGAGUCGAAUGCGAGCAGGUGGGAGAAGUACCGGCGCGAGUGGGAAAUUCUGACGAAUAGACUGCAACUUCAUCCGAGAAACUCACGAGUGGCAACAAUGGCCCGCGAGAUCGGCAACUUUUUACUGGUGGCGAUCUCUCCAGAGCUGCGCUCACAAGCUCUGCGAUUCCUCCUGGCGGAGUUGCAGGCCGUAGAGUGGUUGCUUCCGAAGACGAAGCUUCCAUCACGGGGACUGCUGCAUUUUCAAAUGGGCAAGGUGGUGUUUGAAGAGGUGAACGCUCCGUUGAAUGCCAUGCCGCAGGUGAAAAAAGUUGAUACAAUUCAACAAGCUGCCAAACAUCUUCAAGAAGCUCUCACUGUGUAA